AUGACAGCAACAACAACGUCACAUGACAGCAACAACAACGUCACUGAUGACAGCAACAACAACGUCACUGAUGACAGCAACAACAACGUCACUGAUGACAACAACAACAACACUGAUGACAGCAACAACAGCAUCAUCAAUGUCAGCUACAACAAUGAUGACAACAAAAACAUCAUCAAUAAUGUCAACAACAUCAUCAAUAAUGGCAGCAACAACAUCAAUGACAGCAACAACAGCAGCACCAAUAAUGACAGCAACAACAGCAGCACCAAUAAUGACAGUCCCUCUGUCCCAUCUCUCCAACUCAUCCCCCUCCUCUCCCUGGCCCCUCUCAGCUCCCUCACACACCUCCAAACACACAGGAGUCAUCUCUCCAUCCCACCCCUGAACCUCCUCCUCUCCCACCUCCCCCCCCCCCCACCUCCCCCCGCCUCCCCAAGAGGAGGCUGCGAUGCCUUCUCCCAUAGAGUACAUCGUCGUUCCAAGAUGAGGAACUUUAACUGGGAUGCCAUCCCCCGUCAGUCAGUCCUUGGGAAGAAGAACGUGUGGACGUCCCAGAGGCCCAUGGUGGACUUCGAGCUGGACACUCAGAGGAUGGAGGAGAUGUUUAGCCAGUCUGAUACUCAACUGCCUCUGCGAAAGACAGGGCCUGUCAAGAAGACCAUCAGAGGCCUGUCCCUAUCCACACAGGGCCUACAGAGGGUCUUAAUCCUCAACUCUAAGAAGAGUAUGAAUGUUGGGAUCUUUCUGAAGCAGUUCAAGAGGCCGGUGAGGGACAUAGUGGAUGACGUCAGAAGGGGGAACUGGCUGAGGUUUGGAGCAGGAAAACUCAAGGAGCUCUGUAAACUACUGCCAGAGGAGGGAGAGGUGAAGAAGCUGCGGUCGUUCAGUGGAGACCUGACCCAGCUGUGUGAGCCGGACCUCUUCAUGGUGCUGCUAGUUAAAGUACCUGGCUAUGAGGAGCGUCUGAGGACUCUGAUGCUGAGAGAAGAAUUGUUCCCUCUGAUAGAUGAGAUGAAACACUCCAUCGCUGUCAUGACCAAAGCAGCUAAUGAGCUGUUGGUCUGCGAUGAUCUCCACUCAAUCAUCCGUCUGGUGUUGAAGGCCGGGAACUACAUGAAUGCUGGCGGGUACGCUGGCAGUGCCAUCGGUUUCAGGAUGGCAUCUCUACUAAAGCUGGCAGACACCAAGGCCAACAAACCUGGCAUGAACCUCUUGCACUACGUCACCAUGCAAGCACAGGAAAUAGACGUUGCUCUAAUGUGGAUGACGUGGUACACACAAUUUUUUAAAAUUUUAUUUAGGGUGCAGAAGCAGGAGGUGGAGUUAGACUUUCAGAGGGAGGCGGAGAAGGUGAAGGAAGCUAAGAUGGACGCCAGCACACAGCCUGAGCUUCAGUUACAGAUGGAGACCUUCCUCAUGAGGGCGGAGGCCAGGUUGUCUGACCUCCAGGCCUGUCUGUUGAACCUCAACUCCCUGAGCCAAGCUGUAGCAGAGUAUUUCUGUGAAGACCCAGCCACCUUUCGACUGGAGGUCUGCUGCUCCAUAUUCCACUCAUUCUGUGAGCGCUUCAACAGGGCUGUUCAGGAGAACUGUGAGCGUGAGGCAGCCGAGCUGAGACGCAGGCAGAGGGAGAGGUUCUGUAAUGUGGCCAAGCGUCGCUCCACUGCCACCUGCUCUGACCUGGAGCCCGCCGGGCCUGGCUCUGCCAUGGAGUCUAUCCUCCACAGCUUCCUGACCACCAUACACCCCAGGGGCCCAGCAAGGCGCAGACGCCACCAUCUCCCCCCUGUGAUGUUGUCCCCCAUCGGGGGCUCGCCCAUUGAGCCCUGCCCCAAGUCCAACCCCCUGGCCGAUGAGCCAGAGACUAGCGCUGAUCCAGGGCCUAGCCGGUUCACCAGACCAGGAGGGAGCACCCUGGGUGGGGAGGCAGGUGUGGUGACACCCCGGAAGGACCAGGAGGACCAGGGGCAGAGGGAGAAGAAGAGAGGGGAGGGCUGGUCCAGGGAGCUGCUGGGUAGCCCUGAUGCGGUGGUGGAGAGGUUGGACGGGGGGGUGAAGGAGGACUCCUAUCUGGACCCCCCUUCAGAGCAGAAGGAAAACGAGGGGGAGACAGCGACCCCAGGGGACCAGUGGAGAUGUUUUGGAUCAAAUAGAGCCUCUUCCAUCAACCAGAAACGGACCCCUAAGAGCUGUGGCCGCCGCAGCCUGUCGUCCAUCGACCAGAAACGGACCAGUAAGAGCUGUGGCCGCCGCAGCCUGUCGUCCAUCGACCAGAAACGGACCAGUAAGAGCUGUGGCCGCCGCAGCCUGUCCCCUCGCCAACACACACCCCCCACCCAGGAGGAGGAGAAGAGAGCGGGCGAGGAGAAGGAAGAGGUGCAGAGGAUGCGUGUCGUGUCCAGGAAGAUGCUUCGCUACCAGACUGGCCGAGGCAGGCUAUCUGCUGACAUAGAACAUCCUGAACUGCCAGAGUUGGGUGACAAAGCGAGCUUCGUCCCCCAAAACCACACCCCCCAACGCUCCACACCUCACCCUCUCCACCCCCACCCUAUUUCGCAACCCUCCACCCCUCACCCCAGGGAGAUGAGAGAGGUAGACCUGGCUCUCUGUAACAGCAUGGAGAACCUGGGCUCUCCCUGGAUCAUCCUCAGCCCCCACAUCUCACCCCAAAACCAAACCCCCCACCGACGACACUCCUUCUUCGCCCCCAGCGCCGACGAUGGCCUUGACGAUGGUGUCUGGUCAUUGCCCCCCACCCCCACCCGCCCUACCACCCCCACCCGCCCUUCCACCGCCUCCCACCCUUCCACCGCCACCUGCCCCCCUCUGGUGCUGCUGGGGAGGAUGAGGGCUAUGGAGGGACACCCUGGACCCUCAGACCUCCAUGGAGAAGCAGGGAGGGGGCCCAUGUCCCUGCCUGACUGCCCCAGUCAGAGAGCUCUGUCCCAGGGCCCCAUGCUUCGCUCUCUCUCCCUGGAUGAGUCUGGAGGGAGCCAGGCUCCAGGAUUCAGAUUCCGCCUUGGGGACCUGUUCCAGAGACGUACCGCGCUGUGGGCCCCAGUUGGUGCUGAGACUGAGACGGGGUUUGCUACAGAGGCUCAUAAACCCUUGGAGAGGCAGAACAGUAGUUCUGGGAUUGUGUCCUUCUUCAGACGCUUUGGGGAGAGGAGAUGAGCCAGCUUGGAGGAACAAGGCUCCCGAGGAACUUAACGAGGGGAGGAUAGAGGAUUUGUCUUUAUUUUUUUUAGUAUUUGUGUUGAUCUUAUUUCAUUUUUAAAGUUACUCCUAUUUGAGAGUGACCGCUCUUUUAAUGAGCAGCCCAAGGUAAACAUGCACUUACCUUGGAUGGGAGACCUUUCUCUCUGUGGAGCUGAGAGGCUUAUUGUUUUAAAACUGUUCCAGAUCGUACCCUAUUCCCUACGUAGUGUACUCCUUUUGACCAAAGCCUCGUAGGCCCUGGUAUAAAGUAGUGCACUUCAUACCACUUUUAAUUCUUCACAGAUCCAGAUAAAAAAAAGGUCUUUGUACAAGACCAAAACACAGCUCUCCUUUUUAGCGUGUACAUGAUCUCAGGUAUAGUGUGGAACACAUGAUCUCAGGUAUAGUGUGGAACACAUGAUCUCCGGUAUAGUGUGGAACACAUGAUCUCCGGUAUAGUGUGGAACACAUGAUCUCCGGUAUAGUGUGGAACACAUGAUCUCCGGUAUAGUGUGGAACACAUGCGUACAACAGAAUAUACUACUGUCAGACUUGGAAAAAAACAUUUUUAAUUUGUUAUCUUACGUGUCAUUUUUAUGUAAUAAAACGGUCUUUCUACCUCA